UACUUGGAUGUAACCCAAGGUUUAUAUCUGUACUACUAUCUAACGCCCCAGGUUUAUAUUUUCGGGACAUACCCAAUCAUCAAAUGUUAUUUUUAAGCAAGACUCACCUCCUACAUCUUCUCCUUUCCACUUUUGUUUGAAGAUAUUAUCUUAUUGUAUACCCUAUUCACAAGCUCAAGAUGUCAGAUCUUGACUUUUCUCAUUUAUCACCUACCAAUCUUGAGAUUGCCCUGGAUAGUCCCGCCCUUACGCCACCGGACGGUGUUAAUCCGAACUUCGAACACCCAGUGAAUAAGAACACCGUCUCUCUAGUUGCAAUAUUUAUCUGCUUGGUGGUAGGAUCAACCUUCCUGGGUGUUGGAAUGUACAUGAAAUUUUUUAAGAUGAGACAGCAACAUAUUGGAGACUAUUUAAUGAUUUUAGCAUACCCAUUUUGGGUGAUUACAGCCGUGGGGUCCCUGCGUCGGAUAUUUGGAGCUACGGGAAUCUUUAUACAUCAGUGGGAUUUUCGCGGAAGGGAUAUAGCUGAAUAUAUCAAGGUCGUCUUUAUGGGUAUGUGCUUCUGGGCUGCCGGCACCGCGCUGAUGAAGUCGGCCAUCCUUCUUGAAUGGAUGCACAUAUUCUCUGCCGCAAAUACACGGACCAUUUUCCAUCGGAGUUGCAAAAUCUUGCUUAUAUUUACUCCUUUAUUUUACGCCUCCCUUAUAAUUGCCCUAAAUUUAUCUUGCACCCCUUAUCGAAGGAUCUGGGAUAAAACUGUGCCGGGAACCUGCAUCGACCUAAAGGCCAUCAAUGUUGCUGCCACUGCCACUAACAUCGUACUCGACAUCGCCAUUUUGAUAUUACCACAAAGGAUCAUCUGGAAAUUGAAAAUGUCGAACGCUAAAAAGUUUGGCCUUUCUGCAGUUUUCGCCGUUGGUAUCUUUGCCUGUAUUGCCGCGAUAUGCCUUUUCGCGUCCAUGAUUAAUUGGGUCGAGUCAAAUGACUUAACCUAUCAUUACUCCGCAGUGGCGCUUUGGGCCGUUGCUGAAUCGACAUGCGGUACAAUGAUAUUCUGCGCACCCGUGAUACCAAAGCUAUUUCGGGGCUUUAAACUCAAGUGGGCUUCUGCAGUUAUCCCCUGGGCGAGCUCGCAUGUCUCCUACUGGGUUAGACGCCCUGCAAGAAAGAGUGAAGACAUAUGGACGCCUGCAGGGCUCGGAUCAGAUACCCGCCAAUACCGCCACAUUGACGAGUCAAACUCCACGGGUUUAGGCAGAUUUGAGACUGCCAGGCCUACAGAUCAGCAAUACGGAAUCGUCUGCACCACUGACAUUCGGGUAACAGAAAGUCGUGAUGAGGAUUUUCUAACAGACCAACAGGGUAAACAGAGGCCAUGGCUUCCCAGCAUUAAGGAGAAUCGAGUAUAAUGAGAAAAUACGCCUUGAUCCUCAUGUUACUCUAAAAGAAUGCUUUGAGAUUUAAUAGGCUUUAUGUGGUUUUUAGAGUUGUACUGAGUAGAUCUUUAGGAGAUAUCCUUCGCAUUCAUGUCAUAUCCCAAUCACUUAAUAUCAUAUCUUACCAAGUUUGGAUCUGAAA